CUGAAAGCUAUUCAUUCAAAAAGCCCAAUCAUAAUCCUGGAAGCCAAGCCCAAAACUGCUGUCGUGAUCAUAUUGGAGCUUCCCGUGCGGCGGCCUGGUGGAACCGUCGGACUCUGAUCUCUCACACAACGCGGCACUUCUUCCUGUCGGAUCUAACUCCCUCCCGCUGAGAGGAGGAUGACGGUGUUUCACUUCUUCAACUGUGCGAUUCUCACCUUCGGUCCUCACGCCGUCUACUACUCCGCCACGCCGUUAUCUGAGUAUGAUACAAUUGGUACUUCUGUUAAAGCUGCCCUUGUUUACCUUGGAACGGCUUUGGUGAAGCUUGUUUGUCUAGCUACCUUUCUUAAGGUAUCUGAGAAUGACAACUUUGAUCCAUACCAGGAAUUGUUGAAAGCAUUAAUCGGUUUUAUAGACGUUGCUGGGCUUUACUUUGCCUUAACCCAGUUGACUCAUAGGAAUAUUUCUCAAAAUCAUAAAUUCCAAGCUGUUGGACUUGGUUGGGCCUUUGCAGAUUCUGUUCUUCAUAGGUUGGCACCACUUUGGGUGGGUGCCAGAGGACUAGAAUUUACUUGGGAUUUCAUUUUGCAAGGCCUGGAAGCAAAUGCGAAUCUGGUUUUGAGUAUAUCCCUUGCUGCAUUGGGAUCUUUGAUGUGGCUGCGGAAAAACAAACCCCGGACUCUGAUUCCUAUUAUAUAUGCCUGUGCCGGAAUUGUAGCAACUAUGCCAUCUAUCACAAGUUAUCUGCGUCGGGGCUUGGGUUGGCAUCUUCCCAAGGUGGUAGGUUUUGAGCUAUUUACCUCUUUGGUGAUGGCUUUUAUUAGCUGGCAGCUCUUUGCUGCUUGUCAGAGACCAUCUUCCUGAUGAAGCUCACAAUGGCGCCAAAGGGCAUACAGUGGAUCCAAGCACUGCUAUUGAGACGGCCAAUUCUGAUGGAGGCCCAGGAGGCUCCUGACCUUACCAAAUUUUGGUAGCUGUGUUGCUUUCUUCGGAAUUUCACACUUUCUUGUUGAUUAGAAUUUAUUGAAUCUUGUUCUCAUUUUUUUAAUUUUUAAUUUUUUUUAUUGUCCUCCUUUGAUUAUAUUUUCAAGUUAGAUUCUCUGCUGAACGAAUUUAAAAUAUGUUUCUCUUUUGGUGCAAUUUGAAAACUAAUUAAAAUUUCUUCA